GCGAGGCUCCUGGCGCACUAGGGACUCCAGGAGGCAGCUCCGCCAGAGACGCGGGUCUUGCCUCGCGAAACCGGAGGGUGGGGGGAGGGGAAGAGCGCCGAAAAGAAAACCCACCGAGGCGGGGACUGGCCUGGGCGGGGAGGGGCGGCGGGGCCGAAGCCCCUCUCUGUUGGGCGGACUCCCCAUGGCCAGAGGCUGAGCUCCACUCCCGCCGGCCGCUCCCUAGGGGAAGGGAAAGAGGAGAGGAGCGGAGCGAGAGGCCGCCAGCGAGCGAGCAAGCACGGGCGGCAUCCGCAGUCUCCAGAAGUUUGAGACUGGGCCGUGAGCGGACUUGGUGCGCCCGGACUCCGCCGCGCCAGCACCAAGGAAAAAGAGCAGGGGCUGCCCGGCCGCGGCGCGCCGGCUUUGUCAUGAUGGCUAGCUACCCCGAACCCGAGGACGCCGCGGGGGCCCUGCUGGCCCCGGAGACGGGCCGAGCAGCCAAGGAGCCAGAGGCGCCGCCGCCGCCGAGCCCCGGCAAGGGAGGAGGCGGCGGCGCUGGGACAGCCCCGGAGAAGCCGGACCCGGCUCAAAAGCCCCCGUACUCGUACGUGGCGCUCAUCGCCAUGGCAAUCCGCGAGAGCGCCGAGAAGAGGCUCACCCUGUCCGGUAUCUACCAGUACAUUAUCGCCAAGUUCCCGUUCUACGAGAAGAACAAGAAGGGCUGGCAGAAUAGCAUCCGCCACAAUCUCAGCCUCAACGAGUGCUUCAUCAAGGUGCCGCGCGAGGGCGGCGGCGAGCGCAAGGGCAACUACUGGACGCUGGACCCGGCCUGCGAGGACAUGUUCGAGAAGGGCAACUACCGGCGCCGCCGCCGCAUGAAGCGGCCCUUCCGGCCGCCGCCCGCGCACUUCCAGCCCGGCAAGGGGCUCUUCGGGGCCGGGGGCGCCGCGGGCGGCUGCGGCGUAGCGGGCGCCGGGGCCGACGGCUAUGGCUACCUGGCGCCCCCCAAGUACCUACAGUCCGGCUUCCUCAACAACUCCUGGCCGCUACCGCAGCCGCCUUCACCCAUGCCCUACGCCUCCUGCCAGAUGGCGGCGGCCGCGGCGGCGGCGGCUGCCGCCGCUGCAGCCGCGGGCCCGGGCACCCCGGGCGCGGCCGCUGUGGUCAAGGGGCUGGCUAGCCCGGCCGCCUCGUACGGGCCGUACUCACGCGUGCAGAGCAUGGCGCUUCCUCCCGGUGUGGUGAACUCGUACAACGGCCUUGGAGGCCCGCCGGCCGCGCCCCCGCCGCCGCCGCAUCCCCACUCACACCCGCAUGCACACCAUCUGCACGCGGCCGCCGCACCCCCGCCCGCCCCGCCGCACCACGGGGCCGCCGCACCGCCCCCGGGCCAGCUCAGCCCCGCCAGCCCUGCUACCGCCGCGCCCCCCGCGCCCGCGCCCACCAAUGCGCCGGGCCUGCAGUUCGCCUGCGCCCGGCAGCCCGAGCUCGCCAUGAUGCAUUGCUCUUACUGGGACCACGACAGCAAGACCGGCGCGCUGCACUCACGCCUCGAUCUCUGAGAGCCCAGCGCACGCCGGCUUUGAGGAUGCAGGGACGUGCGACGCCGGCCUUAGCCGAAGCCGCAGCCACCGCCGCCGGCCGGAGCACGCGCCUUCUGGGGCCAUCUUCUGAG